AUGUCCAGGAGCGUUUGCCUGUUAGCAGAGCGCCUUUUCUUGGCCAACUCCAAAGUUGGGGACGUGGUACCCCGUGGUGCUAGAUACCAUGCCCUGUUGAUUCCUAACUGUCCUGGGGCUUUGACUGACCUUGCAAACAGUGGAUACCUAGCUAGGAUAUUGCAGCACUUCAGCAAUGAGAACAAGCCUAUUUGUGCUGUGGGACAUGGAGUUGCUGCUUUAUGCUGUGCCACAAAUGAGGAUAAAUCGUGGGUAUUUCAGGGAUACAGCCUGACAGGGCCCUCUGUGUAUGAGCUGAUAAGGCAGCCCAGUUUUGCCAGUUUGUCCAUUAUUGUGGAGGACUUUGUGAAAGAUUCUGGAGCUACCUUUAGCGCCAGCAAGCCAGAUGCCGUACACAUAGUUCUGGACAGGCACCUUGUUACAGGACAGAAUGAGAAUUCCACUGUUAUAGCAGUCCAGAACCUUAUUCUUCUCUGCAAUGGCAGCAGGAAAUGAAGGAGCAGGCCUCCUUGUAGCUGGGAUGGAUGAAGAGCCAGAGAGACUGAAGGCUUUCUUGUCUGUGAAGGGGAUGUCUUGCAGAUGGAGAGGGCCAUCAGCACUUCUGUUGACUCGGUGAUCAUGAAGAGGCAGUACCAAUGUACGUGCAGAGUGGAUAAAGCUUGUGAACAAGAAAGCAUUAACGUGUAUCACUCCUUAAAGAUGAUCCUGAAAUAGUCUCACUUAUCUUUCUGGUAGUGAAACCUUUCUUGCAGAUUUUCUCCCCCCUGCCCUUGAAAAAAGAAGUAGAUUUCACAUGGGAAAACAUCCUAAAAAGAGCAUUUAUAUUUAUAGUAUCAACACUUCUCCUUGUGCUAAAGGGCAGAGACCCCACUCCAGGGCUAUAUAAUGCCAGCCCUAGUUGGGAACGUGGUAAUUCAGCUCCAUAGCAAAACAGUUCUGGAAUACUCUCAAUUUAGGGCCAUUCAUUUAUCAGCUGGUGCCUGUGAUUCAGAUAUCAAACUCCACAAUUAAUUCUGCAUUGAAUUGCAGUUUGAAGCCUAUUCUAGCCCUCUGUCCAAUGAGUCACAAAGUUGGCUCCAGACUCUUUAAAUGGAUUUUUGAAAGUGUGACAGAUUUGAGAUAUAAAGGAAAAUGCUUAGAUAAAUCCUGCAUGAGUGCAACUGAACAAUUAAGUCUGAAGCAGCUCACCUUGGUGAUACCAUUGACAUAAUGUGCUCUUUUCUCGUUGUGUAUUCAGGUUAAUGCACUUCUGUAAAAAAUCUACUCAAAGGUUGUUUUAAAGGACCCUCUAAAAAGUCAUUUGCAGUACUGUCUUGUGCAGCAUGUAUUAUGAAUUUGUAUUGUUUGGAUUGUCUGAAAUAUUGAUCUCUGGCAAAUACAGUGUCAUUGUCUGUUCUUGGAAUUAAUUUUAUUACAGAAGUAAACAUGUAGAAAUGAA